CGGGGGGAUGCCGCGGGGCAGGGAGCAGCGGGGCACAGCCGGGGACGGGAGGAUUCCCGCAGGGCCCCGGCGCUCGGCCGCUGAGCCCCCGCCUCCCCGCACUGGAGGCGCGGGCGGUGCGUGCGGACUCGCGGCGGCGGCGCGGCCGGGCUGGAGAGCCGCGGCACAUCGCUGUGGCCGCCUGCAGCCCGCGGGUCACCGCGCUCAGGGACCCCAGACCACGGGGCGCGGCUGGCGCGGCUCCCGGUGCACGCAGGGGCGCCGGGUCGCGUCUGGUGCCGCCUUCGCCCUUGGCCGGGGCCGUGGAGGGGGCGGCGAACGUAGUCGGCUCUUGGGAGGUCGAAGAGGCCGCGUGUACUGAAGUUAAACCAGCCUUGGUGGUCGCUGGAAAGGCGCACGGCCUGCAGGGUUAUCGCGGCUCAGGAGGUGCCUGGCAAGGGCUUGCUUGUCGUGAGGCGGGAGUGGGCGAGGGUGCUGGUAAUUUCUGACUCGUUGCUCUUGAAUGCCACUGCUUCUGUCCUUACACAUCAGUUGCUAAUUCACAAUGCCAUGUCUCAGCAGCAGUGUUCACACAGAGUCUAAUUAAGUUACA